GAGCAGAAAAACAUUCUAAAUUGACUCAAGUAGCUAUUGGUUUUAAAUUUACGUUUUCGUGUUCAUACAAGAAGUUCUUACGUCAAUUCAAGGUUGUAUAUUGAACAAUGAAGGAUUGCAUCAAUAUUUUGGAUGGCGAGUUUCAGAUUCUGUCCGUGACUCCAAACAUGUAUGAUGAAGUCGAAGAGUUGCUGGUCAAUAUAUCGGUAAACCAUGAAUUCGGAUGCCUGAUCACCAGUCUAAGGGAGUCACCCUUGGCCAUUGCCGAGCUGCGAAAAUUGAUUAGAUACAUUCUAUCUUUAGGACUUUCCUUCGCCAUUCGUCAUGUGGAAAGUGGAAAAAUUGUAUCGGGAAUCGCCAAUAUAAUAUUUAAUGUGAAAAGGAUGAACUCAUAUUAUGAUCUAAGAGCCCAAGUCAAAAGCCCAAAUAUGAUAAAAUAUAUCAAAUUGUGGGAUGCUGUCGAUUCGAGCUUCGAUGUCAAUGAGUAUUUUCAGAUAGACAGUACUAUGGAUGUAGAAUACAUGGCAACCUUGCCGGAUUUUAGGAGGCGCGGCCUGGCUAAAAUUUUGUGCCAGCAUUCCAUCGAUUCCGCAAGGCUUAUGGCACAGGGAAACUUUUCACCGGAGGUAUUUGCCCGGUUGCCUGAGGAGAUGCAAAUUGAAAGACCAAGGGCCGUAGUCACCGUAGCCACUUCUCCAACUGCUCGAAAAAUGGGACACAGUCUUGGAAUGAAAGUUGUCCAUAAAUGGCACUUUUCAGAGCUAAGAAGUUUAGGUGAUACAAUUACGGAGCCUAUUGACGGAGAGUCUAUUCAAUAUGCAGAGCUGCAAGUAAUCGAAGUUUAAUUGGGUUUAAAAGAAUUAACAAAUCAUUUCAAAAAUAUAUAACAAUUUUAAGCAAAAGCUAAAGAAAUAAUAAAAGUAUAAUGAUUUUUUUA